AUGGGGCGCGCGGGCGGCGGCGGUGGGUCGUCGUCGGCAGUCGCUGCGCCUGUGGAGGGCGGCGUCGGCGCCGGCGCCGGCGCCGGCGCGGGCGAGCGGGCGCUGGCGAUCAUGAAGAUGGCCGAGAAGUUCUCCCGCGACGCGUCGAAGCCUGCUGACGAGGACGUGGCCAAGCGCGUGUUCCACGUCGCGGCGGGGCGGGUGGAGGUGCGGUACCACCUGGGGGAGGGGCGCAUCACGGCCGGCCACGUGGUGCUGCAGCGCGACGGCCCGGCGCAGGCGGUGCAGAUCAACCCCCUGGCCCCCAAGCCGCGCGCCCUGGACCUGCUGCAGCUCUUCCGCACCCUCCAGGCCGCCGAGCGCGACGCGUGCCAGGCCGUGCGCGACAGCGAGUGGGAGAGCCGCGAGAUCGCGCGCGUGAGGGCGGGGCAGGAGCAGGGCAUUGCGCUGGAGGUGCCCUACUAUGACGUGGCGCGCGUCAAGGCGGAGGACAGUGAUGACGAGCCGCCCGACGAGGCGUCCUCCGCCGCCGACUACCUCACGCCGUUCCUGCCCCCGGGGCUUGGCGCGGGCGGCAUGACGCGCGAGCAGUGCCUGGCGGUGCGGGAGCGCUGCCUGCGGGCCCUGAAGGAUAGGCUGGCGCGCUUGGACGAGGAGCAGGCGGCGCUGGCGCGGCGCCAGGCGGCGUUCUCUCGCGACAGGGACAUGCUGACGCCCGCAGAGGAGGAGGAGCAUGAGGUGGCGGCGCAGGAGGCCGGCUUCAGGAUCAACAUACUGCAGCGGCGCCUGGCGCGCCACGAGGAGGCGGCGCUGUCAAAGUACUAUGAGCUGGACCGCAAGCUGCGCAACGACGCGCGGCUCGCGCUGCUGCUUGUGCCGGCGUGA